GCUGUUGGUGUUAUUUUUGUUAGCUGACUGUGCUCGAAUGUACAUUUUUAUUUUCUCUGUCAUGUAAUUUCCUGGAGGAAGUACAUAUGUUCUUUGAAAAAUGAAUAUUAACAUGGAAUCAAACACAUUAUGUUUUUUGUCUAUCUAAUACGACGCAUUCAAGUAUAGUGCAUUGACAUGACAUAAUUUACCAUAAUACAUUAAAUUAGCUAAUUACAUUAAAUUCAGAGCCCAAACAGAAAUAAAAUUAUCAUUUUGUGAGAAGCUGUGUUUGUUUAAUCAGCUUCAAACAUUCAGUAAAUAUGCUUUCCAGUAAAUAUGGCAGAGCCUUUGUCAUGCAUAUAAGUGUGUGUGUGUGUGUAUUGAGCAUGAGCUGUUAUCUGAUACCUGAACAGACUGCUGUGGGGAGCAUGUCCACUGACUGUGUGAGGUCACUCUCAGACAAAGCUGAACACACACUCACCAUGCACGAGCAUCUCUAUGCGAACACUGAAAUGGAAAAUCAGAAGCAGAGCUCCGAGGAACAUCAGCAGGACAAACUGGGACAGAAGAAACCCCGCAGGAAAGACACUCCCGUACUCAACAGCCCUCCACUCAUACCAGGCAAGACUUUGAUUUCUCGCAUUCUCACUGUCACCCUCACGCCCUCUCCAUCCAUCUCUCGCCGUCUCUUUGUCUCAGUUCUUUGCGCUUUUCUUUCACAGGCGUCAGACUGAUGAAGACAGAGGCUCAAAUGAUUCAUCAGGAGGAUGAGGAGAAGGAGAUGAAGAAGUAGAUGUGUUUCAAACAUUUGGUUUUCAUUGUAGCUAGCUAUUUUUUAUUGUCGUCUGAGCCUUCAUUUAAUGUAGGUUUCGCAGAUAUUUUUUUGCGUUGUCAUUUCAUCAUUUGAGUUACAUUGUAUAAACAACUUGGAAUGAUGCAAAUAACCUAUUUUAACUGCAGCAUGAACAUCAGGUUGGAAAAGUGUGAUUUUCAUUUAUAAAACUCUAAAAAUUUUCUAGUGCAUUAGUUUAUUCCUAUCAGUGUUGUAUAAGCGAUUUUAUGCAUAAUAGUACCCUACAAUGUGAUGAAACAGAGUUUAAAAUAGCUUGAAAUAUAUACAAAUUUUGAUGACUGCAGAAAAAUGUGAAUUUAGUUACACAUUAUCCCACCGGACACAACUUGACUGACCCUAAAACUGAAUUUUUCACACACUUAUCCAAAAAAAUAAAAAAAACU